GCUACAGCGACGAGAACCACGCCCCAGCCACCAUCGCCGAUGCUUUCGCCGUUGCGGAUCCCUUUGCCGGCACCGAGGUGCCAGAGAAGCCGCGGCCGCGGCCGCCGUCGCGACGCCGCUGCCGACAUCCUCCAUCGCCGCCCCGGCUCCGGCCAUCCAGGUGCCGCCGACCCACGCACGCCGCCGCUCCACGCGCGUGGUCUUCCCCUCCACGCCUCCAUGCGCCGCUGCAGCCCACGCACGCCAUCUACCCCUUUAAACCUCCAUGUGCCGCCGAUGAGUUCGUCGUUGUCGACAGGGAGAGCGGGGGGAACAACCUCGGGGAGCGAGAGGCCGUCACCGGCCCCGGGAUUCGGCACCGCGCGACCGUCAUCGACGCAGUCCGGAGGUACCAAGUCUGCUACUCGUACCGACAUGUUGGUCGACGUAGGAAUGGUAGCUGGCUGUGAUAAUCUUGAGGUUCCACGACAUGUUGGGAAUGGAAGUGCAUCCCCCGCGAAAGGCACAAAGAGGAAAUUUGUUGUUGAUGCAACCAAAGGUGCAUCACCAGGUGUUAAUGCAAGUAACACUGGGCAGUACCUGCAUUACCACAGAAAAGGUAAUGGUCCUGGGAAACGUGCAAAGCUGGAAGACAACAAAGGUGCUAGUAGGUUGGGGAGAGAUCAGACACCAAUCGGCGUAUUUGAAGAUGAAUGCGUUUUCUGCCAUUCAUUUAGAACCAGUGAGCCGUGUCAUGGUCCGAUGGUCCGAUGGUACUGUAUCACAAUCGAAGGAUUGUGCCCAGUGACGAGGGCAACCCUACCAACGCCAUCUAUGUCCACGAGAAAUGCAUGGUUUGGGCCCCAAAAGUAGAAUCCAAUGGUGAUACUUUUAAGAAUGUGGAGAGUGAAAUCAAUCGUUCUAAAAGAUUGAGAUGCAGAAGAUGCAAACUCCCGGGAGCAGCGCUUGGUUGUUAUGACAACUCCUGCAGAAAAAGUUAUCAUGUCCCAUGUGCAAUGAUGAUACCAGAAUGCCGCUGGGAUGAAGUAAGCUUUUGAGUAUAGCUUGUCCUUGAUCCAUUUAUAAACCUAGCACACAACACGGUGAUUGGGAGAUGGGAUCUUCUGUUACCCAGGGAUGUACAUCUGAUUUUAAGAAUAUCACAUCUGAGUCCUGUGUCCCUUUAGCCUCCUCCCCUCCAACGUCCAUGGCUCUGCGAUGAAAUCAAGGUUGACUGAUGUUUGAUAUGAACAUAAUAAAGUCUACAGGUCAAAGGGAAAAUAGAAUGGGCUUCCAUAUGAUGGAUGUACAUGGGGGAAAUAAGUCUGAUAUCUUGGUGUUUCAAUCUCAGAUUGAAUUCUUCAACAAGAUUUAGUCCAGGAGAAAGUCUACUGAGAAGAGCAAGGGUGUCGAUCAUGAAUUUUUGUUUUAGUUGACUGUAGGUUUCAUGUGGUAUGUCUCCAGGUUCGUUCUUUGAAUUUGUUUCCUUGUUAACUUCUGACGCUAUAGAUUUUAUAUCAGUAAAAGUGUCAUCCUUGGUGAUAAGAUGGGACUAUAUUAGAGCUAUUAUUAGUGUAUGCUAGAUUGGAUCAAAUGUAGACAUAAAAAUAAAACAAAACUGCAAGUCCACAUCUCAUUCAACACACUUCCACUGUAGUGUUUGAGUGCAUAUACUGAUGUUCUUUGAUCAACAUAGGGUGAUGCUUGGUAGUUACCUCUCUCUCAGCCUUGCAAAUUUUGGGUGUGUGAAUUUGCAACUUGGACACCUCAUAGAAUGUUGGUCCGAAUAUUCGAAAUUGAUCAUGUAUAUAUCCCUAGCAGAUCUAAGCUGUCACUCCCUUUUUUUUGGUUGUCAGGAAAUGUAUUUUUGAUCUCAGCUUCUAAUGAUGAAAAGAAGUAGUCAAGAAUAAAAUUUGAUGUCCUUUGGCACCUUACAAGAUGAUAAACAUCAACACUGAUGUUCUGUUGUUCUGAUAACUGCAAAAUAGGAACGCAUGCAUCAAUGGGCAUGAAGGGUGUGGGUUGAAGAACAAUUAUUCUACAUUGUUUGGUCUAUUUAAAGGUAACUGUACUAAACAUCCUGUUCUUACUGCUCUUUACUCUUUAGUUAAUACCAUCAGUGUGGCACUCCUCCUUUUUAACGUUAUUUUAGUUAGUAGCAGUAUUUUUGAAGUGUUUCUACCAUUUCUCUCGAGGUUCUAGCGGUGUUCACGAUAUUAGGCUGUAAUUGUUGCCAGCCUGAUCUUGGUAAAUUUUCCUUGCUUAGUCUUAAUAUUGAAACUUGCUCGGAGGAUCCAACCAAGGCCACAUUUUUGAUAAAUAAGAUGCAAGAUUCUAUUCCGUCAACAGGCUUUGAUGUGUCAUCAGCAGCUCUAUUGCAAGUCUCUAGCGUCGACUUACCCCAGUUCCUUCGGUUCAGAUGUCGUUUCCUAAUUGCUAGAGCUGCAAGGGUACAUAUUUAGUUCCUUAUCAUCCUUGAGUCAUGUUAUCUGCGAGGGUACUUAAUUGCUUACGUGUUUGCAAUUUCUAUUUUUGAACCUUUAUAUCUAAUCCUCUCUUUAAUUUUCAGCCAUCUAUUUAUUUUCUUACGCAUGAAAGAACUUUUCUUAAUGCGUGGAUGUUUAUAGAACAUCGCUGGUCUCUUCAAUGGCAAUCAGUACUCAUUGGUGUUGUCAGGCAUUCAAUCAGAGGUGCGGCAUGCUUCUGACAUCAACGAGUGCCAACAACGUCUAUCAGCACAAUUCGGCCACCGGUCCUACCAUUCUGCAAACUUGGAUCUCUCGCAAAAACUGAAAAUUUCUUUUUGGGUUAAGCACUAUUGAUUUGUGGUGGUAAAUUCUUUUGGCAAGGAAACUUAAAUAUAUUGUAAUGUGAGUAUCUCGACUGGCAUUGAGGAUUAAGAACUUUAACUAUGCCGCCACAUUUUGUAGGCACUAUAACUACCAUUCUAGGCAUGUAUAUGCAUGGUAUUCUAUGCAGAAUUUGUUUGCUCAUAUACAAGGAAUACUCACUACAUUAUGAGACAAAGUUUAUUAUGGACUGGUAAGAGUUUACUGAUGAUUCAUCCUAUCAUCCUUAGAUACAAAGAUUAAGGUGUACACAAUUCAAACACUCAUGUUUGGCAUGUUCCACGCAACACACCUGCUCCAUGAAACAACAACAUUGGUCGAGGUAAGCACUCCUUCAUGCAUCCUCCGUAUUUUUUUCAUUCAUCAAGUUUGAUUUUUUUACAUGCAUUUUAGUUUUCUCUUAAGUUGUUUUGUACUUACUGAAAUAAUGACUUCAGUGGCAAAAAUUGCUUAUGUAUUUGUUGAAACAUGGGCAUGACUCAUGCAUUUUGUUAGGCUGAAGCAUAGGAAGAAGCAGUGUGGGCAUCGCCACAUCCUGUGCGUGAUCGUUUCCACUCUGCCACAUGCGAUGCAGAAUACCCCAGGUUUGACAUGUCGUCGCAGUAGUUCAUCACCAACAGCCAACCCCAUUUUUUAACACCCACCAGCCAUGUAUUUUAACUUUGUUUGGGACAUCCGCGGCCCAUAAUUCCAUCCAACUCUUAUGAUCUGCAACCCAGCUGGACGAGGAGGCCAGUGCCUUUCUCGCCGUCUUCAGGGUCAUCCCCAGAUGGUAGGCUGAUCUCACGGUGAAGAUCCCAUGUCUGGUAUAGUUCCAGGCCCGGAAAUCUUCUUUGCCCGGUCCCCCCACUACUAUCUGUCUAAUAUCUUGGGCAUCAGAAGGAGUGAACACAGCCUGCAGUUUUCCUUCAUCCCAGGCCGUUCCGUCCUCCGAGAGUAGGUCAGCCACCUUGAUCGUAUUCGGUACGUAGUUGGCACCUAGAGGAGUCAUGCUUCCAUUGCGGGGUAUCCAAUUAUCAUGCAACACGUUGAUCUUCGUUCCAGGCCCGGAAAUCUUCUUGUGCUGAUUCAAUUCUAUUACUUAAACAAUAAGUAAUUAAGAAUUCAGAAAUUGCACCAUAUAUGUGAGAUCACUUCCCUAGAAGACAGGCAUAAGAUUUUUUCUCGAUAACCUUCCAUAAUAAAAUAAGAUAUUUGUUCAUAACAAGUUGCUAAUCCACCGCCCUAUGUCAUUUAUUAUUAGCAUUAUCUCUACUAUUAAUUGACAGUCACAAGUUUCCUAUGGGCAUACCUAUCCGCGCGCUCCUGCGGAGGGACGUCGUGCACGACACCAUGAAAGAUGUCAUGGCCGGGCCUAACCCUGGUGCAAUGCUCGAGAAUGCCAGGGCGUGGAUCACGGCAUCGAGGACGACCGUGGCGGGAGGCGGAUCAUCAGACCGCCAUGUGGACGCGGUCACAUUAUAUUUCUUGACAGUCAAAUGGAGAGCCACAUGGCUACAUUCUCAAAUCAAGUGUGUCCAUUUAAAUGUCAAGAAAUACAUUAAGAUAUUGUGUCCUACAUUACUCGGUAGUCAUUGUCAUAAUCGUUUGUAGCAGCCAUUCAUGCAAAAAUAAUUUAGAAAUCGAGCACUGAAUCAAUUUGGAAAUCAAACCAUUGAUGCAAUUAAUCAGCUA